CCGAAGUUAAUCCAGCUUCCCCCACCCCACCCCCACCGACUUCGAAAUUCCCAUCUGUUCUUAAGCCAGAAUGGCAUCUUUCUUUUCUGACUAUGGCCUUAUGUGGUACCUGGAAGAACUGAACAAGAAGGAAUUCAUGAAGUUCAAAGAGUUCCUCAAGGAGGACAUCGUGCAGUAUGGGCUGAAACAAAUUCCUUGGACCAAAGUGAAGAAGGCGUCUCGAGAAGACCUCGCCAAUUUACUGGUCAAAUAUUACGAGGAGAAGAAAGCCUGGGAUGUGACCUUCAGAAUCUUCCAGAAGAUCAAUAGGAAGGAUCUCAGUGAGCGGGCAGCGAGAGAGAUUGCUGGAUACACAAAACUGUAUCAAGCUCAUUUGAAGAAGAAGCUGACCCGGAUUUGGUCCAGAAAAUUCGACAUCCCAAUUCAGGAUUUCAUGAAGCCGAAAGUCAACCAGGACGAAUACAGUCAUUUCGAGCAUCUUUUCAUAUCAAAGACAACUGAGAAGAAGCCACACACGGUGUUCCUGAAGGGAAUGGCGGGAAUCGGCAAGACACUGACUUUGGCAAGGUUGAUGCUGGCCUGGUCGGAAGGCCUGGUAUUUCAGAACAAAUUCUCCUACGUCUUCUACUUCUGCUGUCGGGAAGUGACGCAGCUGAAGACGGCCAGCCUGGCCGAACUGAUGUCCAGAGAGUGGCCCAGCCCCUCAGCUCCCAUCAUGGAGAUAAUAUCCCAACCUGAGAAACUCCUGUUCAUCAUUGACAGCCUGGAAAGGCUGAAUUGUGAUUUGACUGAACCAGAAUUGGAGCUGUGUCAUAACUGGAUCGAGAAACGGCCGGUGCAUAUACUGCUGAGCAGUUUGCUCAGGAGGAAGAUACUCCCAGAGUCCUCUCUCCUCAUCACAGCUACCCCGGAGACUUUUGAUAAACUGGAGGACAGGAUCGACUACACAGAAAUGAGGGCCAUGCUGGGAUUCGACGAGAGCAGCAGGAGAACGAUUUUCCGGGACUUGUUCCCCGACAAGAACAGAGCCCAGGAAGCCUUCAGGUUGGUGAGAGAAAAUGAACAGGUGUUCACUCUGUGUCAGGUCCCUUUGCUCUGCUUGGCGGUGGCUACUUGCCUGAAAAACGAGAUAGACAAGGGAAGAGACCCGGCUCCCGUCUGCCGACGCGCCACCUCCAUAUACACCACGUACAUCUUAAACCUGCUCAUUCCCAAGAGCGCCCAUGGUCCAAGUAAGAAAAGCCAAGACCUGCUUCAGGGCCUGUGUUCCCUGGCCGCAGAGGGCAUGUGGACGGACAGGUUUGCAUUUAGUGAGGAAGAUCUCAGGAAAAAUGGCAUCGUCAGUUCGGACAUCCCCAUGCUGCUGAACAUCAAGAUAUUUCUGAAGAGCAGGGACUUCAAGAAUUUUUACACGUUCCUCCACCCGUCCGUCCAGGAGUUCUGCGCUGCUGUCUUUUAUCUGGUGAAGAACCACACAGACCACCCUAGUAAAGACGUCCAGUGUAUAGAGACACUCCUGUUUACAUUUCUAAAGAAAGUCAAUGUACACUGGAUUUUUGGGGGCUGUUUUAUCUUUGGCCUUUUACACCAAUCCGAACAAGAAAAGCUACAGGCGUUUUUUGGCUAUCAGUUGUCCCAGGAGGUGAAGCAGAAGUUGUAUCGGUGCCUGGAAACAAUAAGUGUCAAUGAGGACCUUCAGGAACAAGUAGACAGCAUGAAGCUGUUUUACUGUCUGUUUGAGAUGGACGACGAGGCCUUUGUAGUCCAGGUGGUGAACUUCCUGCAGCAGGUGAAGUUCGUGGCUAAGGAUUAUUCUGAUCUGAUGGUUGCUGCCUACUGCUUAAAGCACUGUUCUACGCUGAAGAAACUCUCCUUUUCGAUGCAAGCUGUCCUGCAGCUUGAACAAGAACACAGCUACAUGGAGAAACUACUCAUCUGUUGGCAACAUGUAUGCUCCGCGCUGGUGAGCAGUGAGCAAGUCCAGGAACUCCAGGUGAAGGACACGAAUCUGGGCGAGUCGGCCUUUUCGAUUUUGUAUGAUCAUCUCAAGCAUCCCAACUGUACCCCUCAAAUACUCGAGGUCAACAACGUGUCCUUCCUGUGCAAUAACCACAUGUUCUUUGAGCUGUUGGCACAGAACUAUAACCUGCGUUACUUGAACCUCAGCUUCACGACCCUCUCCCGUGGCGAUGUGAAACUGUUGUGUGAGGUGCUGAACCGGGAAGAGUGCAUCGUAGAGAAGCUGCUGGUGGCAGGCUGCCAGCUUUCCCCUGAGGACUGCAAGAUCUUUGCCUCCGUCCUAACCAACAGCAAGACAUUGGAUCAUCUUAAUAUUGCAUCCAACAGCUUGGAAAAAGGAGUGUCCUCACUGUGCAAGGCUCUGUGCCAGCCAGACUGUGUUCUCAAGAACUUAGUGUUGGCUAACUGCUCCCUCAGUGAGCAGUGUUGGGACUACCUUUCUGAUGUUCUUAAGCAGAACAGAACCCUGGAACAUCUAGACGUCAGCUCCAAUGACCUGAAGGAUGAAGGACUGAAGGUUCUCUGCAAGCCUCUGAGCCUUCCGGACAGUGUCCUGCAGACACUACAUUUGAGGCAUUGUCUCAUCACUGCUAGCAGCUGCCAAGACCUGUCGGAAGUCCUCAGCAACAACCAGAACCUGAAAAGCCUUCAGAUUUCCAACAAUAAGAUAGAAGACGCUGGCGUGAAGUUUCUGUGUGAUGCUAUCAAACAGCCCAACUGCCACUUAGAGAUUCUCGGGUUGCAAGCCUGUGAGCUAAGCGAUGCCUGUUGUGAGGAUCUGGCUUCUACUUUUGUCCAGAGUCAGACCCUGCGGGCAGUCAUCCUGGCAGAGAAUGCCUUGAACCGCAGUGGGCUGGCCAUGCUGUGCGAGGCCCUGCAACAGCACAGGAAUAUCCAGCGUAUACUUGGGCUGCAAAUUACUGACUUUGAUAAGGAAACACAGGAGUUUCUGAUUGCCGAGGAGGAGAAGAAUCCCUACAUGCUCAUCGUAAGCGAAGAGGAAAUCAAGAGUGAACAUUUCCAUAUAAGACACACGGAUGAAUUCUGACCCCAAGAAACCUCCAAAAGAGUGAGGCCCUUCUUUUGGCCCACUUGUAUACAAAAAUUAACAGAUCACUAACAUUCCAAUGAGACAGGAUUUCUUUGCCCCUC